GACAGGACGUAUCUAUAGCUAUAAUGCUGGAUGACUGUUGAUUUACGAAAGCCAAGCCGCGAGUAUUCUGGAAUUGUGUGAAAUAAUUUUGCAACUAAUAUAUAUUGCUCUCUUAUUAUCUGCAACCUCACGAUUAAGAGAAACGGCUUAUAAAAAUGUUCCGCAAUCAGUAUGACAGCGAUGUAACAGUAUGGAGUCCGCAAGGACGUCUACAUCAAGUGGAAUAUGCCAUGGAAGCUGUAAAAUUGGGAUCAGCCACUGUAGGUCUCAAGAAUAAAACACAUGCUGUUCUUAUUGCAUUGAAAAGAGCAACGUCGGAAUUAUCGGCUCACCAGAAGAAGAUCAUACCGAUAGACAAGCAUAUGGGGAUUAGUAUCUCAGGUUUAACUGCUGAUGCAAGAAUAUUGAGCCGUUAUAUGCGAACCGAAUGCUUGAAUUAUAAGUAUGCUCAUGACGAUACAUUACCUGUGAGUCGUUUAAUCACAUCUCUGGGAAAUAAAAUGCAGACAUGCACGCAGAGAUACGACAGACGCCCGUUCGGUGUCGGUUUACUCGUCGGAGGAUACGAUGAUCAAGGCCCACAUAUAUAUCAGACAUGUCCAUCGGCGAAUUAUUUCGAUUGUAAAGCAAUGGCUAUAGGAUCUCGCUCUCAAAGUGCGAGAACGUACUUGGAGAAACAUCUGAAUGAAUUUUUAUCGUGCGAUCUUGACGAGUUAGUAAAGCAUGGCCUUAGAGCGUUACGCGACACCUUACCUAAUGAAGUUGAUCUGUCAGUGAAGAACGUAUCAAUUGGGAUAGUAGGAAAGGAUUAUGAUUUCACGAUUCUCGACGAAGCCACAACAGCCACCUAUUUGUCUGAAAUCGAAGGAGAUGACAAACGCGGAAGACCUGCAGAGCAAGUUGUGCAAGAUGAUAGACCUCCGCAAGAUCCGCCUGCCGACGACGCCCCACAAGAUCCUCAAGUAGCCAUUGCCAUGGAUACAGAUUAAACGAUAAUAUAAAAAUUAAACAAUAUAUACAAAAUUUAUCCUAUACAAUUUAUAUAUAAAAAUUAAAGCACAUUUUAUGCUUAAAUAUCUGUGUUUGGUAACAAUAAUUAAUCCGAUAAAAUAUUUAUUAUCAGUCUAUUUACAUAGUAAAAUGUUUUAAAUCUGUUUACGAUUAAAUUAAGAUACGAUAUUUUUAAUAAUGUAGCUUUUGUCCUGGGUAUCGAUCAUUUUACUUUUUCCUUAAAGCGUAAAUGUGAAGAGUGAAAAAUAUUAUCAUUGAAAUUAAUGGCAAAAUUUUUCAUUUUUCACGGUUCCGCUCUAGAGAAAAAGUUACAUGACUGAUACUUUGGAUUAACGUCCUGACAAAUAUACAUAGUAUUC